AUGAAAUCACUUUACAGUGCUCUCCCGAGCACCUCCGACGAUGACGACGAAAUGAAACAGCUGGUUCAUUCAUCCGAGGAGCUCGCCCCGCCCGGUAUUCCUGCCGCAAAUUUAUCCCAUAGGAUGAUAGUGCUAUUGUACAUCCUCUGCGCGUUGACGAUGCUUUUCGCUGCGAUCAAUCUUGCGGCUACCAUCGACGGGUUUCAGUAUACCCGCACCGGUGCCGUCGCCAUCGAGGACCUACCGCGCCCGGACAUAUUUGCAGGUCUGCCCCGCGUAGAACAUUGA